AUGGUCAACUCAGCCAAUGCCCUCCAAUCUCCCGCCCAGGCUCUCACGCUCGGGACCCUGCGCCUACAGCUCAGUCCAACUCAGGCGACACACAUCCUCGAAGGACUUGGCCAGAGGCCGCUGAUCGAAGCGUACCUCGAAACAUCGGAAUUCGCGGAGGAUUCAAAAAAGCUACGAGGAAUCCUGACCCGCCUUCUGGACGACGGCGAUCUCGGCUUCGGCGGACGCUGGCAAGUGACAGGAUCGCAGAUGGAGGUAACCUGCUGGAUAGUUCCAAUGGACGCAGACGGCAGCACAUGGGUCGAUGCGGGGAGCAACGGAAGGCAGUCUGAUCUGAGGGAGAUGCAUGAGAGUCUGUUUGGAGAGGAUGGCGAGCUCGUGCUCGCAUUGAAAUACUCUGUAUGGGAGAUAGUGACACGCGAAGAGGAUCCAAGGCAGAUGUUGGACCCAAGAUAUACGCCGGUGGAGGGAGCGGCGGGAGCGGGACGCUAUUUCCUGAAUCCGCAGACGGGGCAGGUUCGCCGGCGAGGCGAGUAUCAUCAAUUACCUCGAGGAGGCAUCGUGGGCGAGCAGAUGGGAUCAGGCAAAUCGUUCGAGAUAUUAGCCCUAAUCCUCCUGACCUUACAUCUACAAUGUCAGCCCCCGCGACCGACGCCUCAAGUGGAGAUCUCGGCGGUCUCGAUCGACGAACGGACAGGCCGCCGAUCCUACAUGGAACGCCCGAUCAAUGAGAAUCGGAGAGCGUCUGCGUCUAAUUUCCAACCGGCGAAGGAAUAUACCCUCGUGGAUGCUACUCUGUUGAUCGUUCCUAAAGGGCUCGCGGCGACGUGGAUAGCAGAGAUCGCUAAGCACUUCGAAGAAGGGACUUUCAAGGUGUGGGCCGAUGGGAAGCGCUUGCCUACUCCCAAGGAGAUUGCCUUGUCCAAUAUCAUAGUGAUGGCGACCGAACGCUUCUCGAGAGCGCCGCACGACUCGAGUCUGCUCAAUUAUAGGUUCAAGCGAAUAGUAGUGGAUGAAGGGCAUCAGGCGGCCCAGGAGAACCCUACGAGCGCUAUCGACUUUGUCGAGAAACUCAACGCCGAGCGCAGAUGGUUGGUGAGCGGAACUCCUACGGCAGGUCUCCACCAAGGAGGUACGAGCAGUGAAAAUCGCCUCGCCGCCGUUCACGCCGCACAGCCUGGCGAUGCUGCCGAUUUGGCGCAGAAUGUGUCACAUCCUGGAGAUGAGGAUGGGGGUCAGCUGGCAAGAAUCAUCGUGCUCUUCUUGAAGGCGGACUUCUUCGGCUCAAGAAGAGCCUUCAGGAAUCUGAUUCUAGGUCCAUUAGGCGCGGCGGGUGCCUCACCAGCAUUUGGCGCGGUCAAACGGUUCCGAUUCCUCAUGAACGCCCUUAUCGUCAAGAACGCACCCGAGGUAGUAGACGCUGAACUACAACUGCCUCCGCAGACCAUAUCCAUAGUCAGGCUAGCGUUGCAUCCGGUGCAACGCUUGACUUACAACUUUUUACUGGCGCAGAACCCUGAAUUCCUAGACGAGCAGAUAAACCCUACAAAGCCUCUGCCUGUCAGCCUCAUCCCCGUCGGCGACCGCGCAGCUCCUGCGAUCACAAAUGCAAGCAACAGCCGAGCCGGGCCGUCCCGCCCCAUCGCCAACAACCCGCGCCUUCCUGGCGUUUGUCCCGCUUCCAGCAGCAACGGAGCGGGUCCGUCCCGGCUCGCCGCCGUUGACCAGCGCACCCCUCGCGCCUCCCCCGCGUCCAGCAGCGAUCAGGGCGGUCCCUCCGUCCCGGUCACCCCUACCACAUCGGCAAUACGCUGUCAGGCGGGCGCUUCACAGGGGCCUAGACACAUACAGCGCGCGUUGGACGAUGAUGACGACAUUAGGGUGCUAGAUGGGCCGCCCGGGGAUAGGAAAGGGAAAGGAAGGGAGACACCCGUGGCCAAGCGGGCUAAAAGAUGA